AUGGCAUCCGCAUACUCUAACCUGCCCAUGGACGGCGACGACGAAUUCGACGAGAGCCAAAUCGACUUUACCGACAUCGAAGACCAGUUCCAGGUGCGGCUCGAUGAGGGGCUCGACGCCUUUGUCGUGAUCGAUGGACUGCCUGUAGUGCCCGAGGACAGCAAGGCCAAGCUCGUCAAGUUUGUGCUGAGGAAGCUGAACAGCGUGGGCAAGGUCAAGGACGAUGGCGUGCACAUGCCCGUCAGCGAGGCGGGCAAGACCGAGGGAUAUGCCUUUGUCGAAUACAGCGCGCCCGCCGAGGCCGUCGCGGCCGUCAAGCAGCUGAAUGGAACUGCGCUCGACAAGAAACACACCAUGGCCGUCAACAAGCUUACCGACAUCGACCGCUACGGCAAGGAGGGACGCAUCGACGAGGAAUACCACGCGCCCGAGAUCCCGCCCUUUGAGCAGAAGGAGCACCUGAGGUGGUGGCUGGGCGACCCCGACAGCCGCGACCAAAUGGCCAUGUACCGCCAGGAGAAGGUCGGCGUCUUCUGGAACGAGAAGGAAGACCAGCCCGAGCAGGUUGUCGACCGCGAGAACUGGACCGAGUCCUUCAUCCAGUGGUCGCCCCAGGGAACCUACCUCACCUCUAUGCACGCCCAAGGUGUUCAGCUCGAAAAGUACCUCACCACCUGGUCGCACCGCCCGCUCCAGGUCGACGAGAACCACCCCGUCCCAUCGCUUUCGCUCGAGGAGGACGGCAAGAACUACAUCAUCUGGGACAUUGCAACAGGCAAGCCUCUGCGCUCCUUUGCUACCAUCGACGUACCUGGUGGCAUCGAUGCCGAGGGCAACCCCGUCAAGAAGAAGCUGCAGUGGCCGACAUUCAAGUGGUCCUCCGAUGACAAGUAUGUUGCACGUAUGACUCAGGGCCAGUCCAUCUCCAUCUACGAGCUGCCGCGCAUGAACCUCCUCGACAAGACAUCCAUCAAGAUUGAGGGCGUUAUGGACUUUGAAUGGGCUCCCGCAACGCCUCGGAGAGAAGGCAUCAAGACGUAUGAACAGCUCUUCUGCUACUGGACACCCGAACUCGGCAGCAAUCCCGCCAAAGUCGGUCUCAUGUCCGUUCCUUCAAAAGAGAUUGUGCGCACCCGAAAUCUGUUCAACGUCUCGGAUGCGAAGCUGCACUGGCAAUCCGAAGCCGCUUACGUCUGCGUCAAGGUCGACCGUCACUCCAAGUCCAAGAAGUCUCUUGCCACCAACCUGGAAAUCUUCCGUGUCCGCGAAAAGGGUGUGCCCGUUGAAGUUGUCGAUUCAAUCAAGGACACUGUCAUCAACUUUGCCUGGGAACCCAAGGGCAACCGCUUCGUGCUCAUCACAACUGGCGAAGUCAUUCAGGGCGCUGCCGUCGGUCCCAAGACUGCCGUCUCUUUCUUCGCCCCGGAGAAGCUCAAGGGUGGCGCACCUGGCAACUUCCGUCACAUCCGAACCGUUGACAAGAAGAACAGCAAUGCCAUCUACUGGUCACCCAAGGGACGAUUCGUCGUUGUCGCUGCUCUACAGUCUCAACAGUCUUUUGAACUCGAGUUCUGGGACAUGAGCUUCGACAGGCCAAAGGAGGAGUCUGAAAAGGGUGACAAGGAAGUCAACGCCAAUCUGCAGCUCAUGGAUACAGCCGAGCACUACGGUGUAACCGACAUCGAAUGGGACCCUACCGGCCGCUAUGUCGCCACCGUCGCCAGUGCUUUCCGUCAUCGCAUGGAAAACGGCUACCAUCUCUACGAUUUCAAAGGCACACUCCUUCGUGAAGAAGCCAUUGAAGGCUUCAAGCAGCUCCUCUGGCGCCCACGUCCCCCAACCCUCCUGUCCAAGGAAGAGCAGGCCGAGAUCCGUAAGAACCUGCGCAACUACUCCAAGGUCUUUGAUGAGCAAGACGUUGCCAAGAAGAGCUCCGCCAACAAGGCAGUGGUGGAAGCUCGCCGCGAGAUGCUGGAUGAGUGGCGCAGGUGGCGCGAAGAGGUUACCCAGAGGCUGCGCGAAGAAGGAGCCGACCUCGAGCUGGCGACCCUCAAGGGGGAGACGCCGGGACAGGCGGAUGAUGGACACCAGGAAGAGAUUGAGGAGAUUGUAGAGGAGAUUAUUGACGAGACCGAAGAAGUCGUGAACUAA